GAUGGCUUGACACCUCUAGGGCAAAGGAAUUUCGCAAAUUUUUUGUUUUUAAUUUUUGUGCCGCAAAAAAGUAGUAAAGCCAGAGAGGAUUGUCGAUGCGUUGCAGUGGACAAAAGAGAGUAUUGGCGGAGCACUAGGUACCCGCGCGAGGACAUUGGUCCAUUGAUAGGCAGCUACACGGAGGCAUCAUGUACAACGGCAUUGGCUUGACAACCGCCCGCGGCUCCGGCACCAACGGACACGUGCAGCGAAAUUGUGCAUUCGUCCGGCCGGGCAAAAAGGACAAGGACUAUCGCUGCGAAGAUGACAUCAAAAAGUUGGACGCCCAGCUGAAUCGUCCGCCCAACAAGGAGAUUCUUGACCAUGACCGCAAGCGCAAGAUCGAAGUCAAGUGCUUGGAGUUCGAGGAGAUACUCGAAAAGCAGGGACGCACACCGGAGGACAUCAAGACGCAAGUGGACUCGUUCCGCCAGAAGUUGGUGGGCCAAGGCAAGACAGAUGCACCAAAGGAUGAAUUUGGACGCGUAGCCAAUACGACCACCUCCACGGCUAUGGCAGCAGUGGGGAUAAGUUCUGCUGCUACUGCUGCUGCUGCCUCAGUGGCAACCACAACAACAACAACAGCCACCACGUUGCAAGUGGUGAAAGCGAAAAAACGCCGCAAGCGUCGCAAACGCGCAGGUCACGCAAUUGGUGCCGCCGCCACCACCACCACCACCAAGACAGUCGCAGCCGCCACAGCCAGCCACCCUAGCUGUCCCCAUACCCAUACCCAUACACACCCCCAAGCAGGAAGCGUUUCCCUACCGACAGUCAACGGUGGCAGGAAGUGCAAGGCCCAAUACUUCCAGCACGAUAAUCGGGAGUACUUGGCCAAGUACGAGAGCUUUCACCUCACGGCCCACCACAUGGCAUCGGGAGCAGCUGCGCUGAACUAUGCGGCGGUGGCAAAGAAGUUCAAGCCCUUGCGGCCGGCGUUGGCAAGCGGCGCCAAGAAAACCAGGCGACCAGGAAUGCCCAGAAAGGUGAACCCUGACUGCGCCUGCGCCUGCCAAUCCGCAGUAACGGAGCCGGCCGCGGAGCCCAGCCAGCGCGCAGCUGUUGCCACGCAUAGGACGCAGGACUUGCCACUGUCCACGUCACAGUGGGGAAACGUAAACGCCAACGCAAACGCAUCAAAAAUCAAUAUCGAUGGCCAGAUACUGCUCGAGUUGCUGAAGCACUCCUCGAACACGUUGCUGGAGACACUGCUCGGUGCUGGCAGUGCUGUGACAUCGAGUGCUCGCGACACCCAUCAGAUAGCCGAGGCACAGCAGCAAAAGAACGCCAGGCUGCGCGAGGCCUUCAACAUAUCCAGCUACUUUGUGGAGGGCAGUAGCUUCGACAACGAUCGCAAGGCAAAGGAGGAUCUGGCCAAAAGCGUGGCUCUCCAAAAGGAACUGGACGCCCAGCGCGAAAGCCUGGCAGCGGCGGCGGCGGCUGCGGCAGCUGCUGCAGGCAAGGACAAGGAGACGGGCAAGCGAUAUGCUCUGGUCCGUACCCCAUCCCGAGAGAGAGAUCGGGAUGGAGAGGGUCAUGAUGCCGCCGCCAGUGGCGAUGAGCGCGAGCGCGAGCAUGUCUCAAAGUCAGACAAGAAGAAGCGCAAGAAGCGCGCCAGAGAGAGCUCUGCUAGUCCUGAGCGCAAAAAGGACAAAAAGAAGAAGUCAAAGAAGCACAAGAAAGAGAGUAAGUCCAAAAAGAAGAAAUCCCGCAAGCGCAAGCACAGCGCCAGUGACAGCGACAAGGAUAGCGACAAGGACAGCGACGAGGAGGCGGCGGGCAGCAGCGAUGAGGAGCGCGAUCGCGAUCGUGAUCGUGAGCUAAAGAGCGCACGCAAGAAAGCCAAGAAGGACAAGAAAAAGCGCGACAAGAAGCUGAAAAAGAAGUCACGCGCCCGUGCCAGCUCCUCAGACUCGGAGCGCCCCAACUCUCCGUCGCGUAAUGAGCGCAAAGGCAAAAAGUCGGGCAAAACCCGUGGGCCAACAGCUACCACAGCUGAAGACAAUGGCACAUCGCGGGAGAAUCCCUUCCGUAGCCGGUCCCGCGAGCGCCGCAGGGAAUUAAAGCGGCCCAACGAAUCAUCAGGCGGCGAUGUUCGAAGGGACAAGCACGAGCGCAGCGAUAGUCGCAGCCGCCGGCCCAAGUCGAAUGAGCGAGCGCCAGCCACGCGGACCUCGCCUCGCAAAGAGCCGGAAAGGAAACGCGAGCGUUCUAAGGAAAAACUUCGAUCAAAGGAGAGACUUCGAUCAAAGGAGAGACUUCGAUCAAAGGAGAGACUGCGAUCAAAGGAGAGACUUCGAUCGAAAGAGAGACCAAAAUCAAAGGAGAGACAGAGGUCGAAGGAACGACAGCGAUCAAAGGAGAGACAGAGGUCGAAGGAACGACAGCGAUCGAAGGAGAGACAGAGGUCGAAAGAGCGACAGAGAUCGAAGGAGAGGCUCCGCUCCAAAGAAAGACAGCGUUCAAAGGAAAGGCCACGCUCUAAAGAGAGGCAAAAAGAUAGUCAAGUAUCUAAGGAUAGGCAGAGGUCAAAAGAGAGACAAAGGUCAAAGGAGAGGCAGCGAUCAAAGGCGCGAAUUCAGUCCAAAGAGAGACUGCGAUCCAAGGAUAGAGCGCGAUCCAAGGAUAAACCCCUGGCAGUAGAAUCCAAGCGAGACAGAUCAAAGGACCGCCAGCGAUCAAAGGAGAGGAAGCGAUCGGUGGAUAAGGCACCAUCCAACGAGCGAGAUAUGUCCAAAAGUCGGCCAAGAUCAAAGGAGAGGCAGCGCUCGAAAGAGCGACGACUUUCCAAGGAUCGAGUUCAGCAAUCGAAUGAGAAAAAGCGCUCCAAGGAGCGACAGCGAUCAAAAGAGCGUCAAAGAUCGAAGGAUCGACAGGCAGUACCAAUCCUAGCCAUCUCCAAGGAGCGCACCCAUAGACGAGAUGAUCGUGAUCGGCGCCAGCGAUCGAGCUCGGCCAAAAAUCCAUCGGAUACCCGCAAGCCGACUCGGAGUUCUAGGUCACUUUCCCGUUCCCGCAAGCAGCAGUUGCCGGACCCAGUUGUUGGUAACAGCCGACGCAGUCAUUCCCCAGAGGUGCCACCCAAGAAGACAGCGCCACCGGCAUUCAAUCCCUUCAAGGCUGCAGAAGACACUGUAAACGAUAUACUGGGCACCAAGUCAGUGAUUGUGGAACUUGAGAAGACCAAGCGCCAGCGCGCAGUCUCCAGCUCUAGCUCGACCUCGGGUAGCUCCAGUAGCAGCUCGUCGGCUUCCGGGACGCCUUCGCCCAAGCCCAAGCCAGGCAAACUGCGACGACGCAGCAAAACACCAGAUCCGAUCAAGAAGGAGAGGAGCCCCAAGCGAGAUCGUCGUACCCCUCGCCAGAGCAGCGUGAAGCGCGAACGGUCCCGCACUCCACAGAAGCCCAAGCCAAAGAGUAAGGCAACCACACCCAGUCCGAAGCCACCAAAGCGACGCUCACGCAGCUCAAGCUCUUCGGAGCUGCGCUACUCACCAGCGGAACGACAUCCAGAGCGCUACCAGGACAUCAUACAAGACAAGAAGCGGCCAUCGAAGGCUCGCGACCUUUCCACAACGAAGCCCGCGCCCGUGGUGCGCCUGAGGGCCCAGAGCGAUGACGGCAGCGAUGCCGAUGCGAGUGGCUCCAAUGUGGAUGCGGCAGCACUGGACGAAUUCCAGCAGAGCAAGCAGGAGCGCGAGGAACUGCAGGAGCUGCGCAUGCUGGAGCAGCUCAAGUCGGGCAUCGCCGCCAAGGCCAAGCAGAAGAUCAAGACCAUGGAGAAGAACGGGGACGCGAGCAAGGACUCUGCCAAGGAGGGCAGUGAUGUAAGUGGCAACGAACUGGUGACGGCUACUAAACGUAAUUCGCUAAGUGAAUUUCUUGUUGCUAACAAUGUAACCGCUUUGAUUAACCCAUUGACAACGACUACGACAACGCCCCCGCCACCCAUGGCUGUGAUCCUACCACAGGCACAGCCAUAUUCGCAGAUACAGGAGCAAAAGCCGCAGCAGCAUCAGUCUGUGGAGGAGCCAAAUCAAAAAAGAGACGCCACCACGACGCCGCCCAUUUGCAAAGCGCCCCAAGUGGCUGCCAAUGGCGACGCCAAGAGUCCACCAGCAACGAACUUGAUAACCAAAAUCCAUCAAAGGCCUCCACAGCAGCCGCAGCAGCAGCACCACCAACACCAUCAGCAGUCGCAUCAACACCAGCAUCCACACCAACAGCAGCAUUCGCAUCCGCACCAGACGAAGCGAAUCUUUCACAAUCGAACGCUGAACAAUAACCCAAACAGUAGACAUAAUACUAACAACAACAACAACAACAACAAUAGCAACAACAUUCAUGCAUGUGGUGGUGGUGUCCCUCAUUCCAAUAGCAAUCCCGGCAUGCUGCCGUUCCUGGCCGGCACGCCGGGCACCUACAACCGCACAACGAACCGCCUCAAUCACGGUCCGCUGCUGACGGCCACCCAUUACAACAUAUGCAAGAACCAUCAGAACAGCAUGCAACAGCAGGCUCUGCUCGGUCGCCGCGACCACCAGCAGCAGCAUCUGGCGCAUGGUCUUGUCUAUAACCCUAGUCUCUUUGGCCUUGGGCAGCAGCAGGCUGCUGCGGGCCUGGCCUUGCUUAGUCAUCCCCAGCAUGCGAUGCCCGGUAGCAUUAGUUUCAGCGCGGCUGCAGCGGCUGCGGCCGUGGCAGCCAAUAGUAUAAGCUAUCAUCAUCAUCACCAGCAACAGAAACCGAAAAUUGUAAUAAAACCAUUCAAACUUCUGGAUCCACAGCCCUUAGUUGCGGCACUCGCCGACAGCAGUCUCGUGGACGCCAUCGUCUCCAAGGUGUCCACCGCCACGGUGGCCGCAGCGGAGAGUGCAGCGCGUCGCAGUCGGAGUCGCUCACGCCGCAGUAGCCACAGUCGCAGCAAGCGACGCACGAGUGGCAGCCAUCAUCAUCAUCACUCCAGCAGUCGCUCAAGAUCACGCUCUAGCUCCAGCAGCAGUGCUAGUGGCUCGCGCAGUUCUAGGUCCCGCUCUGGCUCGCAAUCAUCUCGUUCCAGCUGCUCGUCACAGAGCAGUUCGGGUAGCUCCUCCAGCAGUGGCUCAGGCACAUCACAAUCCGGCUCACGUUCCCCCUCCAUACCAAGGCGUCGGGGCUCACCCAGCUUUCUAGACAGACGUCGCAUUACAAGUGCUCGCAAGCGGCCCAUUCCCUACCACCACAAGGCAGCCGGAGGCACGGAGGGUGCUGCGGCUGCUGCUGCUGAGGCGGAGGAGGCCUCCAGCUGCUGUUCGAGCUGCUUCAGUCGGGCCAGCACACCGACCACGCCCAUUUGCACUCCGCUACGCAACAGUCGGAGCCCCUCGAUGGCAGCCUUUUGAGUGUUAACCGAUUCGCUGCGCAAAAUGUGCGGCGAAUCGUGAGCGAAGGAACUCCUAGUCAGUCGCACUAGUCAGACUUAUAGUCGCCAUAUGCACCAUACUCCUGAAACCCCUCCCCUCCCCCCUAGGUUAAGAUAGUUGUUAUGCCAAAGGACAUUUGUUUUACACGCAUAUUCCCCCGACACUUAGUUAGAUAUUUAAUUUCGCUGUCAAUGUGCCCGGAAUUUACUAGUGAAAUUAUAUUGUAGCCACGAUAUUAUGCCAAUAAUACUCGUUUGUAAGCCUCUACUCAAAUUAUUUGCUAAUUUUAAGCUGAGUUUUAAAAUAAAUAUAUUAUUUGUUGCCAUCUCGAA